AUGUCUGGCUUUGGUUUGGAUAGUCUUGUGGGCAAAGAGCUUCAGAAACAGUGGUUCUUGACGGAAUUCGGCAAAAUAGCCGACUGGCAUUACAUAACGUCGCCCAACGGAUGGACGGACAACCAUAUCGCUAUUGAGUGGCUUGAGAGGGUCUAUUUGCCCCAGACGCGACCAGCCGAUGCCUCAGAUGCUAGACUGAUCAUAUUAGAUGGACAUGGAAGUCAUGCAACGGAUGCAUGGAUGGCCACAUGCUUUUGA